AUGACCUCAGGGAUACCUGACUUUGGAGUCCAAGGUGCUGGUGCAAACCAGAUGCAUCGAGGGCACGAGUCAGCGAAGGUUGCAGACGAAAAUGCUCAGCCAUCUGCGGGCACCCUACUUUCGGCACUGGUGAGUGCUAACCCCAGUCAAGCAGCCUUAGCAGCAACACAGCUGGCAACGCUUCUGACUCCAAAUGCAGAUGAUCGAACCCAACACUCCACAUCGCCGGAAGUAGAAGCGAAGUCGGUCGAUUUUCAGGGGUUAGCACAGGCGCUGCUAACGGAGUACCGCGCUGUACUGCAGGGGUUUCUGCGAUCCGAACAGGCAGCUCUGACGAUGAGUGCCCUUCGCCUUCUCGCUGCCGUUGCCCGCUUCGGCAGCGGUUACGCACGGGAAACGUUUUUGACGGUGCAACCAAACCGCGACUUGCUGGUUCAGCUUUUGCAAAAGCAGCGCCAGAGACAGCAACGAAAGCGAAGGCGCCUCUCCGAACUGGAGAAAAGAACCACAACAUUGGAAAAGUCGCUUUUGCAGUGGCUCGACGCGAGCGCUCUCGCUUCGAAUACGUUCGCCCCGGACCUACGAGAGCUGUAUGCAGUACUCCUUCGGCAGGUGCUCCAACGAAUCCGGUUUCGCCAAGGCGCCAAUGAUAUAGGACGACUCCUUCGAGUACUCCGCACGGCAACCUGGCUCAACAGCGGUCGUAUGCUUGGUAGCCUCCUUAGCAUCGUUGAGUUCGUAAGAGGCGAGCAACACCGAGCAGGUCUGAUCAAGAUCAUCGCGCAAACUCGAGACCAGCGCUCCCUAGCGCAAUAUCUCGCACGCGAAAAUCUUUCCAGUUCCGUCAAGCUUCGCCUCGCUCAAAGCAUGUUACAAGCAGGUGGCCCCGAAAUGUCUUUGGCAUUUCUCAAAGCGCUUACGUCGGAGUCAGCGCUCCAGGAUACCAACCAAAGCCAAUCGAUCUGGAAAAGCGAGCAAGUUGCCCUUGCGAUCGCUGCGCUGCGGCAAUGUACAUGUACAGCAGCAUUCUCAUUGCCGCAGAAUAUGCGACUAGACUUUGUGACUUGCAAUGCGUGGAUUGCAGCACUUGAAAACGGAGGCAAGACAAUCCCGUCAUUAACCGUGCUGAUUGACUAUAUCCGACAAGAGGCGAUGCGAGCUUCCAAUACCCUCGGUUCGCUCCGGCUUGCGCGCGGCUUGCGUCUUCUCCGCCUGUGCAUCGAGAAGCGCCCUGAGCAGAUUUUUCAGUCUGGUCUCGACCUCACAAAGAUCAUACCAAAGGCACCAGAAACAAUCACUUACGCUUGUUCGUUCACAGGCGCUGAACUCGUACGAACGCUCGGAGCAAUGUUCUCCCAGAACCGGAGCAUCCGUCUAGCGACCCGGUUGCAGGAUCUCUUCGAGUUGAGGGCGCUUCCAAGAGCCCCGCUGUACGCCUUUUUCCUGCAAUACCUGAACGAAUACGGCCUGCUGCGUAAUCCACACUCAGGCGAAACGUGUUCGCUGGAAGCGAGCCUUUGGUUAGAUUUGCUGCGUUUUGCUGCGCCGUCCACGAGAGCGCUGUUUGAGCGCAUCAUCACUGAAGCAACUUGCAAGCCCUAUGCCAUUCUUGAUGAUGCUUUGCACAGCCAGGCUCCGGGUGAAACGAGCUUUCAACUAUCGCCGUUGUGGAUUGCAGUCGAGCGACGCGUUCGGAGCACCAGCGAUCCCUACCUGGAGUAUUGUCUCAAGCAUAUCAAGGCCUGCAUGGCGAUCAUGCGGUCGGGUUCUGAGACCACAUCGCCACCACCAGCACCUGCUGAGGCAAGUCCAGUAUCCGUGGAAAAUGCUAUGGUCGUACCACGUGCAGGCCAGCAGGUACUGCAGGUGCUAGCGCCGGAUGCUCGCCAUUUGGAUGCGCUUUACGAUUCCCGCAUCGGAGACGCUCGCGACUUUAUUCAAAGUGGUGCGCUCCGAUCGGUCCUUUUCAUGCUGGCUGUGGAGCAGAACGAGAUCCGCCACAAAGCCUACGAUAUUCUGGCAACGUUUUAUCGGCUUGUGCCGGUUGCAGUGGAACUUCGUGAGCGCCGUCUCGUCCAGGCGGUGUUGGAUGUCCUGCGCUCGUCCAUCACACAGCCAUAUCAGAGGCUACCCCGUAUCCAAUGUGCGCUCUUCGCCUCGUUAGCAGAGAUUGUCACAAACGGUAACCAUGAUUUGUUCAAGUUCGCUUGGAAGGUAACGCUACUGCGUCCGUGCUGGUCGCUCAUGGAGGAACUCCCCGGUGUCCAUGAGAUGAUCUAUUCACCGGAAGAGCGCGUUCACGAAUUUCUGCUGCAGCUUCUUCUUGAAGGUAACGACACCUCGGAUCCUUUUUACGCUAUUUUGAGACGCCAUCGUCUUUAUUCAUAUCUUGUGGGACGCAAAACCUUCGCCCUUAGAUUUCGAGAUCGCCUGCAACCGCUGGUCGAUCAGGUGCUGCAUCAACUAUUAGCAUUCCCAGAAGCGCGUAAGCGUCUGGAGAGAACGUGCGCACUAGAGACAUGGCUUAGGCUCUCACGCACGUAA